AUGGCUGCCGAACCGCGACAUCGCCUUUCUCCUAUCCAUACUCGAAACUUGAGUACAAUCACUGUUGACUCGGACAGUUCAGAUAGCUCCCCGUGCCCUGGCGACGAUGAAGAUACCGAUUACUUCAUGGCACAUGCCAAUGACUCCCAGUCCUCUCUCGGCGCAGUCACGGCCAUUCGAGAUUGCGAUGACGAUGUCGACCUCGAACAAGUCCACCGCCUCUCACCCAUAUCCAAACUCCCGCCUGAGAUCCUCAUUGCCACCAUCUCCAAAUUGACCACCACGUCCGAUCUCCGAAGCUGUAUGCUCGUUUCCUACCACUGGGCACUGUACACUGUCGGCGUAUUAUGGCAUCGACCUCUAUGCAAUAAAUGGGCCAAUCUACUGAGCGUUGUCGCUGCUCUAGGCAAGGGUGACAAGAGCUAUUUUCCAUACCACGAGAUGGUGAAGCGACUGAAUCUGUCUGCCAUCGCCGACAAGGUCAAUGACGGAACGGUCCAACCAUUCAAGAACUGCAAGGCCGUCGAACGUCUGACUCUGACAAACUGUUCCAGGUUAACUGAUUUCGGCGUCGUCGGCUUGGUCGAUGGCAGCAAGAAGCUCCAAGCUCUCGAUGUCACCGAUCUAGAUGCUCUGACCGACCAAACCCUACACGCUGUGGCAGAGAACUGUGUCAAAUUGCAGGGCCUGAACAUCACCAACUGCUCCAAUAUCACCGACGAGUCGUUGCUCGAAAUCGCCCAACGUUGUAGACAACUCAAACGACUUAAGCUGAACGGGGUCGUGCGCGCCACCGAUCUCUCCAUUACCGCUGUUGCAAGAAACUGUCGCUCCAUCCUCGAAAUCGAUUUGGCCGGCUGUCAUUCCAUCUCCUCUGAGUCGGUCACCGCCUUGUUGUCAAACCUGCCCCAUCUACGCGAGCUUCGCUUGGCCCAUUGCAUCGAUAUUAAUGACCUGGCCUUCACUAAUUUGCCACCCCGACUUUCCUUUGAUGCCCUCAGAAUCCUGGACUUGACAGCUUGCGAACAAGUUCGCGAUGACGCUAUUGCCAGAAUAAUCCCUGCCGCGCCCCGCUUGAGGAAUCUGGUCCUGGCCAAAUGCAGACACAUCACCGAUCGAGCGGUGGCAUCAAUUUGCAAGUUAACCAAAAACCUACACUACAUUCAUUUAGGCCAUUGCAUCAAUUUGACCGAUACCGCUGUUAUCCAACUGGUCAAAGCCUGCAACCGAAUUAGGUAUAUCGACCUAGCAUGCUGUUCCCGCCUGACUGAUGCAAGUGUCCGCCACCUGGCUCAACUUCCCAAAUUGAGAAGAAUCGGCCUGGUGAAAUGCCAGAACUUGACCGACUCGAGCAUCAUGGCAUUGGCACAUGGCCCCUUGUUAUUUAGUCCCACGGGCAAGAUCGGUGUUCCUUCGCAAUUCGUUUCUUUAGAACGGGUUCACCUCAGCUAUUGUGUCAAUUUGACUUUGAAGGGCAUCACUGCACUUCUCCACAACUGUCCGAGGCUCACCCACCUCUCCCUAACAGGCGUCCAGGCUUUCUUGCGCGAAGAUUUGACCCGAUUCUGCCGUGAUGCUCCCGCCGAGUUCACGCACCCUCAACGAGAUGUAUUUUGCGUGUUUUCUGGAGAAGGUGUACAGCGGCUUCGUGAAUAUUUAAUGCGUCUUGCCAUGGAUGAGGCCCAGAGAGAAGGCCGUGAGGUGAUCGAUGACAACCUACUGGAUGGUGUUGAUAGCCCCGGUACAGAUACUAUGUCUGACGAUGGAACCAUUGAUGGGAACGAUCAGCUUGUGGAUCCCGUCCUCAAUCCUCAUCGACACGGCUUGUCAUUUGCCAGUACUCCACGCACGAGACCCCGACCUAGAAGUUUGCAUGAAAUGCGAAGUUACCACGUCGACAUGCCCCUGAUACCAUUUGAUCAAAUACAGCGGCUGGGCCCCUGGACACCAGGAGAGCCGUUUACUCCGGAAGCUCGAGCUGCUUUGGCACCCCCGCACCUGAAUCUAAUGAGUUCCAGCAGUUUCGAGCAUCAUAAUGGCUAUGAUUCUCAAUCUCGAAGUCCUGGACGGUCUCUUGGCUACGAAAUGGCGGCAGAGUACAGUGAACGCGCAAGAAGUACUUCGCGUACUCCUUCACGGCGGCAUACCUUGGAAUCCAGUUCUGGUGCAUUCGGACCUCCUACAGUACCCAUGCAUGGUUAUGGUGAGAGCAGUUCUCGACCUCUUGAGCUUGCGCAUUACGGAUCUGACCCUCGAACUGGUUAUUUUGACGUUGAUGAUAUGAGACGAUUUCCGGGAUGGACUAAUUCUAGCGCAUUUGUACCAGAGCAUCCCCGGCGGCACACCCCGGGAGCAGCUUUCAGGAACCCGGGCGACGUUCGGGUAUCCAAUCUGCGACCUGAACCGGGGUUUAGUGCCUUUGAUGCCAACCACGAGGCCAUCAUGUCUACCAUCCCUGGCAGCCGAUCUGCGAGUCGCCAUCCAUCACGAUCGAACAGUCCACAUGCUUCUCGUGUGAAUAGCCGAAGCAGGCUUGCCAAUCUCAUUCCCAGAAGCUAUACCUCCACCCCUCUCAGCCAGGGCGAGAAUGGGGCCCGAUCCUCCCGACAAUCACGAAGUCGAGAAAUAUCGAGAUCAAGGAUGGAAGAAGAGGCGCACCGAGAGGCGAUGAUUCAUGCACUUGCCGAAGCAGAUGCAGCUCAACAAUUGAGACCUAGUACCUCCAGGAUGGAGUCUGACGCCCCAGUGCCGCGUCCGCUACCGGCCUUGCCUUCUGAAGUGAUGGAGCCGAUUCCCGUGGCAGUAACUUCACCUGUUGCAGCUUCACAGCAAGAAUUCGUGGGGAUUCAAGGUGGUCCAGAGCAGGAUAUGGACCAAGAUGUGCCAAUGACACAAUGA